UCGCGCGUAUCCAAUCAGGACGCGCCCUCACAGGACACCGCCAAGCUUAGUUUGACUGCUGUGUAGCAGCUGAAGUAGCUCGCGCUGGCGGUCUGAUUCCGGCGCGAUAAAUACAGAUUUUAUCCAACUAACUGUAAAUAUCAGCGCGAGAUAUGACGCGGCUGUGAGCGGGGUAGUUAAGCUGAUCUGCAGUCACAGACCAAAGACUGACCACACGCUCAGGUCACCAUCAUGGCUAAAGAUGCUGGACUCAAAGAAACUAAUGGAGAGAUAAAGUUGUUUGUCAACCAGACUCUGAGUCCAGGAAAACCUGCAGGUGUGCUGUCGCUCCUGACCGUUCAUCCAGCGUCCGUCACUGCGGUCAAGCAGAUCCUGCCCAAAACACUCACCGCCGGUGCUGCUGCGGGCGCUAAUGUGCUGCCACAUGUGGUGAUUGGCACCCCUCAGAGGACGGGCGUCCUGUUAACCAGCCCGCGCACGCCCACCGCACACUUCCACACGCCUCAGACCCAGACACAAGAGUCCUCGCCCUGGUCCACCGGCUCCUCCGGCAGGCGCAGCAGGAAGGGCGAUAAGAGCGGGAAGGGUUUGCGGCAUUUCUCCAUGAAAGUGUGUGAGAAGGUGCAGAAGAAGGUGGUGACGUCCUACAACGAGGUGGCGGACGAGCUGGUGGCGGAGUUCAGCUCCGGAGACAACAACAUCUCUCCGAACGAGGCGCACGUGUACGAUCAGAAGAACAUCCGCAGACGGGUUUACGACGCUCUGAACGUCCUGAUGGCCAUGAACAUCAUCUCCAAAGACAAGAAGGAGAUCAAAUGGAUCGGAUUCCCCACCAACUCUGCGCAGGAAUGUCAGGAUCUGGAGGCCGAGCGACAGAGGCGACUCGAGAGGAUUAAACACAAACAGUCUCAGCUGCAGGAGCUCAUACUGCAGCAAAUCGCCUUCAAGAACCUGGUGCAGCGCAAUCGUCAGGCGGAGCAGCAGAGUAAGAGAGCUCCGCCUCCAAACACGGUCAUUCACCUGCCCUUCAUCAUCGUCAACACCAGCAAGAGAACCGUCAUCGACUGCAGCAUCUCCAACGACAAGUUUGAGUAUCUGUUCAACUUCGACAACAUGUUUGAGAUCCACGAUGACGUGGAGGUGCUGAAGCGCAUGGGCCUGGCGUUCGGCCUGGAGUCGGGCCGCUGCAGCCCGGAGCAGCUGAAGAUCGCCAAGACCCUCGUUCCCAAAGCCCUGCAGCCCUACGUCACAGAAAUGGCUCAGGGUGCCAUCAACCAGCUGAUCGGAGAGCUGUCCCAUGUGGCCACUGACCGCGGCGCGUCCAGCUCCAACGGGUCUAGGGAGGAGACGCCCACAUCCUACAUGGAGGAUGAAGAGGAAGAUGAUGAUGAGGAGGACUUUGAUGAUGAUGAUGAAGAUUAGGUUCUGGAGCUCUGAAGAACCGGUGACGUUAACGCAGCAGCAGCCGUCGCUGCCAUCAUAUGCAGAUUCCUUUUGUUUCCCAGUUCUUGUUUGAAACUCAAUAUUGUGAUCCUGCUGUAAGGAUUCCCUCAAAUGCUUCCCAUAAUUCUUCAGCUCAGUCUAUUAUCUUCAGUAGCUUAUGAGCAGAUAAGCUCGAUUGAUCGUCUUUGUGCUGCUGCUGCUGUAUCUUCAGGGCUACUGUUGAAGAAUCCUGCGGUGUGAGGUGUGACACGGGGACUUUUAUCACUGUUUGCUGAAUUUUGUACCCUGUUUUGUUGUGAUUUGCUCUCAUAGGCAGCUAUUUUUGAUAUUGGAGCUUUUUAUUUUGGACGUGGAGCUCUGAUGACCGCAGCUCUGAGAACAUGAAAUCAACAACUCAAACGUCCAGCCCUUUUUGUACAAUGUAACAAAUACUAAAGAAAAUAUACUUUUCUUAUUCAUGUAUAGAAAUUAAACAGAAUGAAUGAUUUA